AUGGGUCCAACGAGUCUCAGCGAUCUCCAACAGAUGGCGGCGUUCGGGCGCCUGGACGCAGCGAAGCUCGCGGAACUUCUAGAGCCGUCUGUAGCGCAGUGCAUCGAGCAGGAUGCUGCCUGGGGAGAGGUCUGGAUCUCCCUCAUCCGGCCGCAGCUGCGGACGGUGCUGACCGAGCUUGUGAAGGAGAUGCAGCGGGAUAUCGAGUCGCUCUUAGAUCUGAAGCAGGUCGUCUCCAGCGCCUUUCUUCGUGACAAGGUGCUUCUUGGCGAGCUCUUCCAGAAAGCGGGUCGGAAGGCCAGCUUGCACGCAAGUCCUUUACGCUGCAUGUGUUAUUCCCUGAACGCCGUGAACCUUGCCCUGCUGCAGCCCUCCAUGUCAUGCCAGUCGCCGCCGAUGGAAUCUUCUUUCAAGUCGUUCGCGAAAGCAUACAAACUUUGGUCUGUGGCAACAUAUGUACGUGAAGAAAAGAUAUGUCUCACAGCGUUCUUGUCAUGA